GUACGAGUACAGUCAAGAUGGCGGAUGGUCUCCGAGAAGUAUGAUGUUCUGUAAUUCGCUGCGAUUAUGUUUGUCUUCUCAACUUGUGGCCACCAGAGGAAAACAUUUUUACUGCUAUUUAGCCGUUUAAGGGUUUAUAAGGUAUUUACUCUGCUUUCUUGUACAAGUUGGUGGUAUUAAUAUUAUAUAAAUGGAGUGAUUUUGCCACAGGCUGACUCAUUUUCACUGUAUUUUAAGCUCUUACAUAAAGCAAAGCUUUCAUCGCACCCCAGGAAAAAGGACACCCCUGUAAAAGAAGUGACACUGUACUAUUACAAUCGCCAAAAAUUCUUUCGUCUGGUGGGCCUUGCUUGUGCCAGUCAGUUUGUAUUUUGGGCAUGGAUGGCUUAUUUUCAGUUGAGUAGGGUGCAGUUUGCAGAUCUACUAAAUCUUGAAAGCAAAAAGAGCCAGGAAAAGAUUCUUGAUGUCUCAUCAAAACCAGGAGUCUCGUGGAAAGUCGUCAGAUUUGUAGAGGUGAGUAGCCAAAUCUUUGCUAAUAGUAUGCAAAGUUAUAAAUUACUUACCACCAGUCAUCCCUUUAGUGUUGGGGAAGGGGGAUUCCACCAGGGGGAAUGGGUUAUGUGAGAAUAAUACAAACAACUGUAGUGUUGGGGAGGAUGCAGAUGAAGCCAUAUUGUACCCCCCCCCCCCCCCCCCAGUCAUGCUACAGACUGAAGCCAUUCUGGCUCAAAAUGGGCCUUUGACAAAAUACCUGGACAGACCAUGAGGAAUUAACCCUUGUAACCCUUUCUCUAACCUUUUGCCUUUCAAUGAGUCACUGGAAUUAAUCCAGUCCUGUCCAAUCCAGGUUUUGUCAAAGCCUCAAAUAGAUGUCCAGACCUGGUGUCAAUCAAGAAAGCUUUUUUACUGUUAUUUACGGGUGGAGCUAUUGUUUUACUGUCUGAAAGCAAUAGCUUCACCUGUAAUUACACUGGUAAACAUUUCACUGAAUUUAGCCUUGGAUUGAAAUAGCAUUGUCACACAUACUACUCUGUAGUUUUCUUGUUUUUGUCAAACCACAGAAAUCGGAUAGAACUACAGUUGGAAUUUUUAGGCAGAAUAAAACAUUAUAUAUGGCAGCAGGAUGGAUAUAUACAUUUUCUUAAUAGUUACUUAAUAUAAUAAUUUAUCCACAGGAGCGACCUGUUUUGCUGGCCAGUGUCGCUAUUGCUGUGGGGUUGUUUUUUACUACCUCAGGAUGGAUUUACAGUCUCAGGUACCCAGUGAUUAGGGCCAGAUUAUCAAAGCAAAUAGCAUACAAGAAGGAUUAAGGGUUAGGAUAUAAGGUUGCUUUCAUGAUCAAAUUGUAUUGUAUUAAACGGAAACAUUACAUGUAUUUUCUCUGUUGUGCCUCUCUGGAACAUUUAAGAGUGAAGAAAAUCAAGGAGGGCAAUUUUUGUUAUUGCUUUUAAGGUCAAGGUGUAAAUAAUAAAACAAUUUAGCGAAAAGUUACCAAAAAAAUGAUCCACUUUGUUUAGUUCUACAAUCGGCGACAAAAUUGUUGAGACAUUGUACUCAAGUAGGGUAACUUCAGAGAACAAAACAAUCCACACCCCUCCCCUGUCCCCUCCAUUCAAAGUUGGGGUGUUUGUUGUUUUCUGUAGGUAGCUCGAACAUCGGCACAACAGUGCAUGGAUUUUGAAUUCAGUAAAAUGUAAAAAAGCCCAGUUUAGGGCAAAGUGUCUCAACUCAUUUUGUCGCCGAUUGUUGACUCCCUCCUAUUCCACUUGGUAAAAGUCAUUAUGUUGUUUUUUCCUGCAAGUGUUCAACAUAACUUCAAGGCUGUGUGCUAUUUGCAUAUUACUGAAUUGUUUUUGACUUGAAAUAACAUAUGCAUAGAAAUUGCACGUACCUCAACUGAAGAUUUUUGUCUUAAUUCAUUUUAUCAUCCCUGGCUUGAAAUUCCAAAUCUAAGGUUAUGAUUAAAGGAAAAUUGACCAUCAAUAAGAGAUUCGAAAGCUGAGGUUUCAAGUGCUUGGCCUCAGAGAAAAUGUUAUUUCAAUUAAGUAUUGUUUCGUUCCUUGCAACACUCAGAUUUUGUCUGUGCUUUUUUCCAGUGACUUUUCUUUGUGGGAGCGGAGAAUAGUGAUAGAUGAAGAUACUUACAAUAAUGCUACUGAAUGAGAUGUUUAUGUAAAAAAAAUCUUUUAAGAAAAGAAAAACGUGUAAGGCAUGUUUGAUUUAACUGCAUCAAGGCUGUGCUCUGACCUUGUGAAAUCCAGGGUGCCUAACAUAUGAUUUGUAUGAAAAAAUGAAGAUUUUCUAGUCGCACAAGAGCAAAAGUAAGACACAACAAGCCACUGGGUGCUGCUAGAGUACAGCCCAGGGCGUAAUAUUCAGCAUUUGAAGUGCAAGUGAAGGCAAGACUGAGAUAUAAAAAUAAGUUCAAAAUAACAUGUCGGAUGUUCUUUACUUCCUUUCAGGAGUGUAAACCGACUGGUGCUUCAGGGGAACAAUGUACGGGUGGUGACUCAUACACCUCUGGGUGGAACACGAUCUCUAAUGGUUCCCAUCUCAGAGGUGUCCUGCUCAGGUUCCAGAAUUGGUAAUUAUAAUGAAACUUAAAUUUAGUGCACAGCUUUGAGAAACCUACAAGUUAUUCUGGACAAUAAAGAUGAACUCUUACAUACACAUAAUAACAUAAACUCUACUUACUCUCGAAUUUUAGAGUAGCUUACAGGAGCUCAUAUCUUUGAGGGAAAAUCCAUAGAAUCCAUAAAAAUAAAUUUCAAGAACAAACCUGUAUUAAACAGUCAGCCUGUAUUAAGCCUCCAGUAAACCAUCCCUAAUGGUGACCAUGCACUUUUUACAGGUUCGACUUCACGUGGCAUUAUUUGUCCUCUUCUUAGCUCUUAAUAGAGCAACCCCCAGUGUUUGGGAGUCAUAUGUUUGAAUCCUGUCGAAGACUCAUGUCCCAUGCAUGUUCGUGACAUGCAAAUUACCACUCUUUGUUUUAUGUGACGGAAUUUCUGUGACCAUAGCUUAUUCAGUGGGUAAUAAGAACACUCACAUAGACAACUUACGUGGUACAUAUACAUGGCCAAUUGAGAGAGAAACAGCUGUCCAUGAUUGCCACAUGCACGGGCCAGGUGAUAUGGCUGCAUUCAUGCAAAUGAUACUGUCCAGGACGUGGGUUGUUGUCUGAGUGUGUGGCUUGCUGCUGUAAUAAAUGACAAGGGACCUCACACAAUAAUUAGCAAUUAUUGGAUGAGGCUAAGUAUGCCAUCUUAAGAAUUCUGCAAAUUGGAUAACAAUCCGUAGAAAUUGGUUUUUUUAUUCAUUGAAAAUAAUACGCUUAACUUGAUCGAUGUUAAGUUCCUGUCUUCUUUUGACUGUUACGCAGUACUAUAAUUCAGGAUAUGAACAGAUCAAGGGAAGAUUUGUCCAGCAGAAAUUCUUCAAACAGCAGUUGUCAUCGGUCAAUUUUGUUAGUGCUGUUUUUAGGCAGUAGUUUGACGAUUUCUUUUUUGACAAACGUGUCAAAUUAUUCGCCGUUUUAUCCAUCGCUUCCAAAACAACGCACCCCGGUUGCCAGUGUGUCUCGAUUACCAUUACUUUUUCUGGCGUUUAUCCGGUACCAUUGACGUUAUUUUAUCGGAUAUCGCCAACGUCCUCCAAAUCUGGUCAACCCUGUGUGGUUUUGAGGAAUUAGCCGGGGAAUUUGAGCCAAUCAGAAACAGAAAAAUAUUUUGAGUGAAGGAUAAAAGAGUUAAUUCUUUGGCUUCUUGUGCAACAUACUCAACUUUACCUGUUUUUGAAGGUACAAAGCCACAAGUGACGUUGAAGUUGAAAGGCCACAGUUUUUUCUUCCUUGUUGACAAAGAGGGGGAAUUUUUGCAGCCUACGUUAUUUGACAAAACAGUUGGAAUGAAAAGAUUCUAAUCAAGAAAUGCAUGUAAGCAGAUUAUCUGAUGUAAUAAAUACACGAUGAAAUGUCACAAUUCGUUCAAGUUACCAUUCUGAUCGCAAGGCAUCAUCUUCCGCUUCAGAAUUCACUGCCGACUCUGACAGGAAGACGGUCUCUAAAGCUAACAUUAGAUUAUGGGUUUUCUAUGCUCUGCGACAAAGAUGGUUUCUACUUGCCUGAACUAAUUAUGACUUGAGGGA